AGGCAUUCGUGACGCGCCUGAACACAACUUGUUGUGGGCGUGAGGGGUAAGGAGGGGACAAGACUUGUUCCCCUCCAGAGUGGAGUGUAGGAAAUGUCAUUGAUAUCGCUGUAGUCGUCGAGUCGAUAAUGUCGCUGAUAGUGUUGUUGAUGUUUGCUCUUGCAGGUCUCAUUUUGGGGGAGACCUGCGUCGAGAAUCCAGCCUGUCAGGACAGUCUUUACAUGGCAACCUCGCGUCUACAAUCAGCAGACUACAGGGGGUACUGUCGCCACUCGGAGACGUAUGUAUCGUGUUUGGAAGCGGCUCUCACUGGCUGUAACACAACAACCCCAAACUUACUCAACCACACCCGAAACACACAAGCUGUUUACUGCGCCAGUGGAAAUAAUCCUGGCUACCAGGAGUGCCUGUCACGACACAGUGCCUGCCUGGCGAUAUACGACCGGUUCCAGGCGGGUCCGUCAAACACAGCCUGCAGCGCUCUGGAGCAGUAUGUUGUGUGUGUUCUGCGUGAUCUAUCACCUUGUCAUCAGUCAGUCUUCAACGUUACGUCUAUGACUCUAGCAUUGAAUGACAGUGUCAGUUUGUCCUGCCGUAGAGAAACUGGGAACACAUCGUGCGCUGGCCAGUACAUCACGUGCCAGACUACGUCACUCCUGGUCACCCAGAGUUUGGAGGAGAAGAAAUGGGAUGACUUUUGCAGCUAUGCUGAUGCCUUCCUGGCGUGUAGGAGAAGUCUGCAGGAUGACUGUGACGACAUCUACACCACAGCAACAGCAUUGACAUUGCCGGGAGAGGUGGUGACGAACGAUAAAGCAAUGUAUUGUAGUCCAGACGGAUCAAGUCCAAGCUAUUUGUCAUGUUUAACAAAACUAAAGUCCUGCGAAUCACGUCUUUAUAUAACGGGCGACAUAGACAACACUGUGGUCCUUUAUUACUGUAGGUCGCUGGUCGAUUACAGGGCGUGUCUGUCACAGGACCUGGCAGCGUGUCAGCAAGACACCAUCAGUCUUCCGAGUCUGUUGGCCUCGGCCACUGCCAACUUCACCAGGACGUGUUCUGGCAUCAACAUAAAUGCUGGAGUCCGGGAAAUGAGCUGUUCGUCAACAAUGCUGUUGCUGCUGGUGACGUGGGUUGUUUUGUUGUGUCGUUCCUGACGAAGCAAGACGAUGGCGCGACACUCCAAAUUGAACAUUUUAUGUAUAAAAAUGGCAUAUAUUACAAACUUUACCAACGUUAGAUGUACUGCCGUCUAAAUUUGGUUGAACUCUAUUGAGCUGUUCAUCUAAAGGGUAUCGUCAUGUCGUUGUAUGCAGUUGUACUCAGGGUUGAAUGUUGUACUGUUAGGGGCAAACCAUUUAAAACUCAAAGAGUGGGUAUAUGUGUAAGACCCACAACACAUGUUUUUGUUGUUGCUUGUUUGUUUUUCGUUUUUCGUUUUUUUUCUUUGGGGUUUCUUUUUCCUUUGUUGUUUCUCCUCUUUUAUUUGGUUGGGGGUGGAGAGGGGGUAAAGGAUGAGCAUUUCUCAUUAUAUUUUUUUCAAAACAUUCAAGCCCCACCCCCAAACAGCCGCUCCCUCCCCUAAAUAUCAAAUGAUGAAAUUAUAUAUACGAUAUUUCCAGUAUUGUGGAACCCAUGUAUAUACAGACAAACACCGUUGUGUCCGAGUUGAAGGGAUCUCCGUAAAUACUCCGAGUUAUCCGAAGUUCAACACAACCGAAAUAUGAUGAAUGAAGAAGGGACACGCAGGGGACCAAGUUUUUACUUUGAGAUAAUCGUAAGUUCGACAGAACGGUGUGUAAUAGUAAUGCAUAAAUAUAUAGACUAUAUGCAAUUAAAGAGUUUCUUGUCUUGUGGCAACAAACAAUACGGAUUAAUUCGGAUGAAAA